AUGCUGGCCGUCCUCCCCUUCCUCGCGGCCCUGGCCAACGCGGCCGCCAUCGCCCCCCGCCAGAGCGCCACGCAAGUCGUCCGGCUCAGCUCGGUCGAGAACGUGGCGGUCCGCUCCAACGGCCAGAUCCUCGCGACCAACAUGAACUCCGCCAACCUCUACUCGAUUGACCCCGUAGCCAAGACCUCCACCACGGCGCUCAGCGUCUCGGGCGCCACGGGCCUGUCCGGCAUCGGCGAGUACGCGCCCGACAUCUUCGCCGUCAUCGGCGGCAAGGGCAUCUACAAAGUCGACUUCACCAGCACCCCCCCGAAAUCCAGCCUCAUCAAGACCAUCACCGAAGCCAACAACCUCAACGGCCUGGCCGUGUUCGACAACUCAUCCGUGCUCGUGGCCGACGCGGGCAAGGGCGCCGUGUUCAAGCUGGACGUCAACACGGGCGCGUACGCCAUCGCGCUGCAGGACGCGAGCAUGGCCCCCACGGGCGGCAUCCCCUUCGGCAUCGACGGCAUCAAGUACCGCGACGGCGUCGUGUGGUACACCAACAUCUUCCGCAACAGUUUCCACAAGGUCGCCGUCGACCCGGCCACGGCCAAGGCCACGGGCGCCUACACCACGCUGUGGACCAACUUGAUGGGCGAUGAUUUGUGCUUUGGGCCUAAUGGCAAGAUUUAUAUUGCGACGAAUGGCCGGAAUUCGCUGGUCGAGGUCGACCCGGCUGUUGGCACGCCUACGAGUGUAGGGACCGUCACGGGCUCGACGUCGUGUGCCUUUGGGCGUGCCGAGGGCGAUAAGAAUGUGGCUUAUGUUGGGGCUGGCCAGGGGGUGUUUGCUGUGACGAUCAAGGCGUAG